AUGGAACAAGCCAAGUGCAGAUCCCCUAAGGUGCUUCCUAUAACAAAAUAUCACGUUGAUGAAGUGAACGAGAAGAGCAAGCUGUUUUGUGCGCAACAUCUUCAGAACAGCAUGGGCAUGUGUAGAGUGAUUCAGCAGCGGCAUUGUUUGGUGGCGAUUCCAGUGUGCAAGGUCUAUUAUACCCUUGGCAAAACGAAAGGCACAUUCUUCGUCUAUGGUAACGAAAGACAGUGCUAUGUGCCGAGUUUCCCAUCAAAAUGUGUCAUUUUAUAG